AGACCCAUCGAGUGAAAAAAGGCCUUUUGCUACUCUGGCCAAGAAAUUACAUUUACAAACUUGCGCCGCCGCCUACCCUCCGCCGCUUUCACCGAAGUGCCGCUAGCUGUUCAUAAAUCCAGCUUUCCUCAGUUAUCUUUAAACACUUUAAAACAACCUAAAAUUUCUCCACUUCUAAAGCAGAUAGGAAUGACUGAGAAUGUGAAGAGAGAGGACAAGGAGGAAGAAUGGGUGGACUUCUACAUACGCGUCAAGUUUGUAACGAACAAGGAGAAAACAAAAGUACUAUUCGCAGAAGCUGGCAGCGAUUUUGCAGAUGCUUUGUUAACCUUCUUACUUAUACCAUUGGGAACGAUUGUAAAAUUCGUAAACAAGUACUACAAAGAUAAGGCUCCGGUCAUUGGAAGCUUGAGCACUUUGUACAAUGCCUUAGAAAAUCUUGAUGACAUCCAUUUCCCGAACAAAGAUGCUAAGACACUAUUGCUUAAUCCAAAAGGUCUACUUUCUAAACACGAUUGGCCUGAUUAUGAUCCAGGUUUCACUGAAAGUACAGCUUCCUUCGUUAUCAGUGAUGAUCUGAGGGUGAUGGGUAGCGUGGAAAGCUCCGUCAUGUCUACUCUCACCAGUCUCGGGAUCGGUUUGGUAGACAUGGACGGGGCUGAGACAAGGGACGUGACUUUCGGAUUCAGAAAGAUCCUGAAGUUGUUGAUAUUUUCAUUGGUGUAUCGGAAUCCAUUGACUGCCUUCCUGCUCGGUGGCCAUGCCUAUGGGGUUGCUGCUAGCCGAGCAGAGCAGGGCAACAUCGUGAAUCAGAUUGGCAAGAGAACCCAUUCUAUAAACUCGAAGAAGAUGAUUUUGAAAGCCAUGAUGCAAAAAUCUACUAACAUGUUGCUUUUUGCUCAGGCGCAACACGACUUUGUGAGUUUUCUUUUCGGUUUGCUCAGCAUUCCUUUAGGAAAGGUGGAGUGGUAUUUGCACAGCGACACGGGGUUUAGGGCCAUUGAUAAUUUGCACAGGAGCAUUCCAGAUAGUUUGUUCAGAACUAGUCUUAUGGAUCUUGAGGACAGAAAUAUGCUAUUCAAACCGUCCUUGUCUAACGACGACGACAGCGAUGAUGAUAGUACUUCUAAGGGGACUCCUAGUCACCAUCGUCAGACCGGCUAUGGCUUUUCUAACGAGUAUAUUCCCCUCAAUUUCGACCCAAGUGAGAACCAGUUUCAUGUUCGAGGGUCAAGAGUGUAUAUGGUAAGUGAUGAUUUAACCAUUACACCGUUGAGUAUAAUGUCGAGUGUCUUUGUUAUCAACGAGAUGAAGGUCCCGUUGUCUGAUGUGGAAGAAGUGGAGCUCCAAGUUGGGUUGGAAGAGGGUUUAAGCAUAUUGAGAGCGGCUCUUACGUCGACCAAAGCCUUGAGUGAUGGCCUUUUGAAGCCAAUAUUGAAGAAAAAAGGAAAUCAACAAAAAUGAGUCAAUCGAUCUGUAUUCUAUAACGCUAAUUUAUUCAUUUUGAUGUUUAGACUUAUUUUGUGUCAAGUUGGUCUUAUCCUAGGCAGAUUUUACUAACGAUUUGUGAGAGAUUUUCUUGACAUUUUGGAUUACUUUUUUCAGCUUUAGCAUUGUAGUGCAGUCUUGCCUUUGAUGGGAAAAGGUCCGUUUGUGACA